AUGGCCAACAAAGGGUCCUCGCCGAAAGGGUCGCUCCUGCUGCUGCUGCUGCUGCUGUCCAACCUGCUCCUGUGCCAGGGGGUGGCCUCUCUGCCCAUUUGUCCCAGAGGGGCUGUCAACUGCCAGGUGUCUCUCCGGGACCUGUUUGACCGAGCAGUCAUCCUGUCUCACUACAUCCAUAAUCUCUCCUCAGAAAUGUUCAACGAAUUCGAUAGACGGUAUGCCCAGGGCCGUGGGUUCAUUACCAAGGCCAUCAACAGCUGCCAUACCUCUUCCCUUGCGACUCCGGAGGACAAAGAGCAAGCCCAGCAGAUCCAUCAUGAAGACCUUUUGAAUCUGGUUGUAAAAGUGCUGCGUUCCUGGAACGACCCUCUGUAUCAUUUGGUCUCCGAAGUGCGUGGCAUGGAAGAAGCCCCCGACGCGAUCCUGUCCAGAGCCAUUGAAAUUGAGGAGCAAAAUAAACGACUUCUAGAGGGGAUGGAAAAGAUAGUUGGCCAGGUUCAUCCGGGAGUCAAAGAAAACGAGGUCUAUUCUGUCUGGUCAGGACUUCCAUCUCUGCAGAUGGCGGACGAAGACUCUCGUCUAUUUGCUUUUUAUAACCUGCUGCACUGCCUCCGCAGGGAUUCACACAAGAUUGACAACUACCUUAAGCUCCUCAAGUGCCGAAUCGUCUAUGACAGCAACUGCUGA